GCUCAAGUGGGCAAGGUACAUAAACAUUAGAAGGAUGUAUCGCAAGAUAUGUCAUAAAUUAAUACCGCGUAGUGGAUAACCAGCAUUUUCUCAGAUGAACGACAAUAAGAGGUAAUUAGAUUCUCGCGUUAAAAAACAAACAAACAAACAAGAAAAAAAACAUUCAGUCGCUUCACUGGGUCCGUGGACUUGUUAUAAUGCCUACUUCAGACACUCGGAUCAGGAAAAGUUCAAAUGCAAUGGCACGAGUUUCGAAAACACCCUCACGGAAGCCUGGAGUUCCUGUUGUCAACCACAAGAUAACUGUUAAGGGCAAAGGCGAGAUUGCAAACCCUAAACCAGUUGAUCUGAAUCGUGUGCUACGUCUCCUGCAGGAUCCUUUAGCUGUUUCUCUGAAGGAAAGACAUUUAUUCACUUUGAAGAGGGUGGUGAAGACAUAUCAUAAAGGAUUUCUUUUAAGGGAUCUUGAAAACAUCUGCAAAAUCUUAGACAUCUGCACAGAGAAGAUUAAAGACCACCCAGAGUACACUCCCAUAUUAUAUAAUUUGCUUAAGAUGUGUGGACUCCCUUUCUUGAAAGAGAAGACCUCAGAUGAGGUGAAAUACACAGACGCUGCAAAACAGUCACUCUCUCAGCUGGGUUACCUGAUGAGAGUACCCAACGCAGAUGUCAGACUGCAGACCUGUGCAUCCAUUUCAUCCUUUUACAACUCUGCAACUACCAAGCCACCAGGGCCAGGUCUGCAGCCUCUGAGUGUGAGCUCCAGGCGGCGGCUGCUGGAGCAGAGUGGCGUGGCGGAGACGCUGGUGCUGUCCCUGGCCCUGCUGGAGGACCAGCUAGCGGUCCGGCUGCAGCUGCUCCACACUCUGCAGGUCCUGUCCUGCACCUCUGAGGUGCACUGUGAACUGAUGCUGAAGGCCCAAGCUGCCCAGAAGAUCUGUGUCCACAUGAACGAGCCCGACCCCUCUGGGCAGCUGCUGUUCCGUUCCUCCGAGAUCCUGUGGAACCUGCUGGAGCGAGGCUGCCCCCAAGAGCUCACUGACCAGCUCAGCAACAUAGACUGCAUCCUGUGCCUGAAAGAGGCCUUUCUAAACCAGCUCCGGCACGGCCACAGAAACUAUGACCAGCAGCUAAGAAACGAUCUUCUGGUCAUCACAACUCUUAUUGCAGAGAACCCCAAAGCACCACUCAUUGAAAGUGGGUUUGCCCGGCAACUCAUCCUUUUUGCUACCUUUCCUGAAAUGAAGAGUCAUAAUCCCCUCACCCGUAACCUCAAGUUGACCUUCAACAAUGAGGACUUUGAGAUGAAGAAGUUGCUGCUGAACCUGGUGGUUGUGAUGUCUCAGGACUUAUCCUCCGUGCAGCUCUUCAGAGAGGGCCGAGUCAUGCUGGCGUUGAUGUACUUGGUGAAGCCCCCGGACACGGCUCAGUCCAGCGGCCGCGGUUGGACUCCCGUCCAGCAGGAGGAGCUGCAGCUGCAGGCCCUGGCCACGCUGACCACUGUGGCCCCGCUGAUGCUGGAGGAGUACAUGACCUGCCAGGCCAACACCUGCUUACUCAUGCUGCUGGAGUGGUGCGUUCAAGAAGAUGCGUACUUCGGCCAGGGCCACAGUUUCCAUGGCACUGGGGGAAGGGGCAGCAAGAAGGCUCAGCUGCGCUACUGUGUGCGUCUCCUGAGAUCCAUGGUGUCGCUUGCCAACCCCAUCAUCAACCAGGACCUCUGUGAUCAAGGGGCAAUAAGCCUCUUAAUAGGGCUGCUGAUGCUGCUGGGUGGACCUGAUGAUGAGGAUGCGGUUGCCCUGGAGAUCAAAGCCGACCUGCAGCUCAUCCUGUCUACAGUCUGUGAGAGUGACCUACACAGGAAGGAACUCUUUGGAACUGAAGGAGUUGACAUGACUGUCCUUUUUCUGAAAAUGAACCCAGCCAAGUUCUUCAGUGGCAUGGGCCACAGCAAGCUCAUCCUCUCCACUGUGGACUGUGUUUGGUCCUGUAUCAUUGGGUGUUUCACCAAUGAGGAUGUUUUUCUGGAGAGGGAAGGGAUUUUCCUUCUGUUUGAUCUCAUUCAUUCCAGCCCGAUGACGAUGCACGGCGUGGUGCUGGGGACUCUGCUGGAGCUGUGCGACAACCCCAAAGCGCUGCCCCAUGUGCACGCCUGGCGGGGGCCCGACGGCCAGAGCGCCCCCCACCUGCUGCUCCAGCUCUGGAGGCAAGAGGAGGAGGACCUGGGCGUGCAGCGCGACCAGCACGGGCGCAUCACAGACCCUGUGAGGCCUCUGGUGCAUGCUCACCAGGAGCAGCAGGCGCAGGAGUGGACUCCAGCACACACGCCCAGUGCUGCCGUGGUGGACGUGGCUGAGAACCAGCGCUGCAAGAUCUACAGCCUCUUCUGCAAGCUAGGUUUUGAGGACCUGCCUGGAUUGGUAGCGGAAGACUACAUCACUCUAAGCAUUGUCAGCAGAUAUUUGGAUCUUAAGACGGGCGAGGUCUGGGAGGAGAUCUCACGUGAGUUGGCACUUGAAGGCGUGCGGCCCGUUACCCCGGACGCAGAAGCCUUGGAGACCAUCUCCCAGGCAACGGAGGACACAGCGAAGAGGGUGCUGGAGCAGCAGAGUGCCAUGCUGCAGAGGCAGGAGGAGGAGGAGGCUCAGAAGGAGCGGCAGACAUACGCAGAGAUACGAUCACAUCACAAACAGCAUGAACUUACAGCCAAGUCAUGGGAGCAUUUCGUGGCUAAGACAUCAGACCACAAGAUUUUAAAGGAGUGCAAGAAGCGUCAGGAGAAGUCCAUUGAGUCGUCGCGGCCGAAGGCCAAAGGAAAGGACAGUAGCACCAUUUACCACCACACCCACAUCCCAGGCCUGCAGACCACAACAUUCUGUGGCCGAGUGAUGGCAGUAGAGAGUACCCCAGCGCAUCUGACCGGAGGGCCCCUGGCCAACACAGAUCUAGCCCUGGCGAGGGUCCCCAUGCAGGGGGGAGCCCUGCAGAAGCUCUCCCAAGCCACCCAGCAAGACCUGGAGCACCCCAAAGCUGUCUCUGUGCAAUAAAGAUCUCCUCAUUUUCUACCUUAAACCACUUACACUUAUUGAGUGUAAAUUCAUCUGAGCAAAUGCAUAUUCUGUACAGGUAUAUGAAAUACCACGGUGGUGACUUUUACUAAUAUUUUAUUAAAUGUACACAGGUAUUGUAGAAAUGACUGAUAUUAAUGAACACUCAGGAAAUUAAUGUUAAAAUAUAUUUAAUGCCAGUUAAAUGUGACUUAUCAUUGUAGGAGGCAGAAGACAUUCUUAUUAUGCUGUGUUUUAAUCAAUCACUCUGUACUCUGUAAAUACAUUUAUCGGAUGCUUACGGUCAUGUAUUGUUUUUUGUUUUGUUUCGUUUUGUUUUGUUUUUUAAAAUCAUUUUGUUUUAUUAUUGCAGAAUUUGUGACUUGGUUUUGGUAUUACUCAAUAACUCAUUCACACUUGGUAAAUGGGUUUCAACGUUAAACUUCCCUCGAUGAAA